AUGGCUUCUCCAUAUGUGUUCAAUAACAUCGAAGCUUUAUCCCAAGUUACUAGAGAAAUUAUACGUCCUACAUUGGCUCAAUUGAAUGAAAUUAUUGAAGACAUGGAUCCGAAGGAAGCUAACACGUACCCUUCUCAAAAAAAUUUAGACUCACUUCAUAGGGUGCUUUGUGGAGAAUACUUGCAUUUGUUAGAAGAUUUGUUUUUUAUCCAGAAUGUUAGCUCCAAUUGUCUAGAAUAUAUCCAUGAUAUAGUUACAUCUAUUACACAAGCAGCAUUUGCUCAUCUUGAACUUCAAGUUAUCCCAGUUGUUUCAGAAGAAACCACCAAUCUGCCAAAGAACACUAAUACUCAAUCAAAAUCACCACAUGCAAAGCUUCCGUAUACUCCAAUUUCACCAUUUGUUCAAAGAUUACCAUAUUCCGCUAAUGAAUUAGAGGAUAUUUUUGGGGUCCCUCAAGCUCCAUAUUAUCCAGAAAUUGCAGUUGCUGAAAGACGCCAUACAAAAGAGUCCAAGAAGAUCUUUGUGACAAAAGUGAGAAAGAGAUUAGCUAAGGCUGUUAAAGCUGUAUUAAGGGUAAAAGAUUGGUCAGAAAUGGAACGACUGGACGAAGAAAAGUUACAUUGGGAACUCUUUAAUGAUGUGUCAGAUCAUUUAGUUUCCAAAAAUGAACCAAAUAUAAAAUUGGACCACCAUGCCAUUCUAUAUGAUCUCAUCAAACGGUUUUCCCAAUUUUAUAUGGUGCGGUAUCGAAACCAUUUAGAAGUCAUAUACCCACGUCCAUAA